UUUAAUAAACCUUUUGUAUUUUUGAAUAGGUAUAAGGAUAAGUUUGUGUCAUGUAUUAAUCAUUAAACAAAUAUUAAUCGUUUAGUCGUUAUAUAUUUUUUAGAUUAUAAUUUGCAAACAAAAUGACGACUAAGAAAACUAAAACAGCAACAAAAGGAGUGAAGCAGAUAGUAGAAGAAAAUAAAACAACAUUAAGUUUUUAUCAAAAUAUGAUCUUUGGAGCACUAGGAAUAUACUUCGUGGUUACAAUGUUAUUCUUUAGCUUUACAACAUUGUCAAUAACAUUAACUAUAUUUUCUGGAAUUGUAUAUAUAGGAACUUAUCAAUUUAUGAAAUAUAUAGCACGUGUAACAUACUCAGAAUCUGGACAACUUUUAGAUUCUGGAAUUGAUCUAAAUAUGGAAGGAGGUAUAGCAGAACACAUAAAAGAUUUAAUUAUAUUAACUUCUGGAGUACAAGUACUCUCUCUUAUAUCAAAUUAUUUUUGGUUGUUAUGGCUUCUUGUACCAUUGAGAGGAGGUUGGAUGCUAUGGAAACAAAUAUUAGCUCCAUGGUUUUUUUCCCCUGCACCAGAACAACCUGAGAUUAGUGAGAAGAAACAACGGAAGUUGGAAAAAAAGAUGGCUAGACGGCAUUAACAUUUUGAUUAGAAAUACACAUGCAUUUUGAAUAAAUAUUUAAAAAUUUCAUAGGUGUGGGAUUGAAUUGAGCAAAAUUGUGAAACAAGACUGUCUAUUAUUUGACUUCUGACUUUUGUCCUAGCCUGCAUUACUUCAUAUGCCUUCUGUAUUUAUAAAAUUUUUCAUGUCUUUUUACAAAGUCAUAUAUUUUUACAUAAAUUAUAAGCUCAAUUACUUAAAAACUGAAUAUUUUGCUUGAAUACUAUCACAUUAAUUUUGGCAACUUUUUCAGUGUCCAA